AUGUCAUCCUGGUUCCUGCUGGAUGUGGCGUUCUACGGGGUCAACCUGAAUCAAUCUGUGAUUCUUACGGAGUUUGGGGUCUCCCAGGGAGCCAACGAGUACGACGUGUUGAAGAGGAUCGCUAUCGGCAACUCGAUGAUCGCCAUAGCCGGCUACGUGCCAGGGUAUCUCUUCACAAUCUUCUUCGUUGAAGUUGAGAAAUUGGGACGAAGAUGGAUAAAAAUCCAAGGAUUCUUGAUCGUUGUGUUCUUGUUCGCUGUUAAUGCCGGCGACUACAAACACCUGGGCAUAGGCGGGAAGAUUUUCUGUCUCGGUAUCGUGUUUUUCAUCUUCGGUCCCAGCGCCGCCACCUUCAUCAUACCUGCCGAAGUCUUCCCAGUGCGCGUACGCGCCUUCGGUCAUGGCAUCAGCGCCGCGACCGGCAAAUUAGGCGCCAUACUCUCCGCCCUACUUUUCAACUACCUCAGCGGGCCUACAGGGAUCGGCUUGUCCAGCGUUUUGUGGAUCCAUUCGUUUGCAAAAUUCUCAGCGCCAUCACUACUCAUUUUAAAAUUCCGGCGACGAAGUGGAAGGAUAGAGAUGUGA